AUGGCAGAACCAGGGGUUAUUAGGAAAUUAGAAGAGAAUGUAGUAAAUCGAAUUGCAGCUGGUGAAAUUGUACAAAGGCCGGCUAAUGCUUUGAAAGAAUUAAUAGAAAAUAGUUUGGAUGCCCAUUCUACAAAUAUAAUUAUAACAGUAAAAGCCGGAGGCUUAAAGUAUUUACAGAUCCAAGACAAUGGCACUGGUAUAAGAAAUGACAAUUUGGACAUUGUGUGUGAAAGAUUCACAACCUCUAAGCUACAACAGUAUGAGGAUCUCCAAGAAAUCAAUACAUAUGGAUUUAGGGGCGAGGCUUUAGCAAGUAUUAGUUACAUAUCACAUCUUACAAUUCUUACAAAGACUUCUACUGAUAAAUGUGCUUAUAAAGCUUCUUAUGAAAAUGGCAAACUUAAGGGACCUAUCAAAGCAUGUGCUGGAAAUAAUGGGACACAGAUAACAGUAGAAGACCUUUUCUACAAUGUCAUAGCGCGUAAGAGAUCCCUCCGUAGCCCUACAGAGGAGUACACGCAUAUUAUGGAUGUUGUUGGUGGCUAUGCAAUACAUAAUAGCCAUGUGGGUUUCACACUAAAGAAGUUCGGUGAAAAGACCGACAUUAAAACCGCCAUAAACUCUUCUGUAGUAGACAAUAUAAGGAUAAUCCAUGGAAAUUCAAUAGCACGAGAACUGCUUGAGAUAAAGUUGGAUGAUACCACCCUGAAGAUGUCUUUACAUGGAUAUGUUACGAAUGUAAACUACUCGCACAAGAAAGGCACUAUGCUUUUGUUCAUAAAUCAUAGGCUUGUGGAUUCAUCAAGUAUACGAAAAGCUGUGGACUCCGUAUACUCAACUUAUUUACCGAAGAACGCACACUCCUUUGUCUACCUCAGUAUUCAGCUAGAUCCAAGAAAUGUUGAUGUCAAUGUUCAUCCGACGAAACACGAAGUACAAUUCUUACACGAGGAGCAAAUUAUCGAACGGAUAAAGUCGUGUAUUGAAAGCAAACUAUUGAGUUGCAAUUCAUCAAGGGUUAUGUACACACAGGCUCGGUUACCUGGUGCAACAAAGGUUGACGAAAUAAUCAAAAAGAUGACGGAUGGAGCCAAAGUGUACGCAAAAGAUUUAGUCAGGGUCAGCUCUGACACACAGAAAAUUGAUAAAUUCUUCCAAGUCGCCUCCAAACAAACUGAACUAGAGAACUAUAACAAAACAGAUGCAGAAAAGAUUGUUGAUACCGAAAAGGGUAUAGAAGAAAGUGCUAACGUAGUUCAGUCACGAGAAAGUGCGAGUGAAACGGAAAUACUACCAAAAAUCGUUGUGGAGGCUACUGAAGACGAACCAGAUGUUCUGGAUAGUUCUUUGGUGCACGAACCUAAAGAAGCCAGUAGACCAAACGACAAAUGGAACGUGCACACCGGCGUAGAGCAGGCGAACAUAACUUAUAUCGACCCGAAGAAUCGUUCAAAACGCGAACGUUCAAAUACGAGAGAGUGGAAACGAAGU